AUGAAUAGCAGUAAGCAAUCACAAGAGAGCGAAGGCGGGAUAAAAGGAGAAGCCUUAGGUAGGUUGGCGAACACGUUUGUGCGCUUGCUCAUUUCUCCCGGAGAACGCUGCCGAGGAGUCAUCGCGAAAGUGUUUUUUCCCGCCGCCGCCAUGUCGAAGUCAGAGUCUCCUAAAGAGCCCGAACAGCUGCGGAAGCUUUUCAUCGGGCGGCUGAGCUUCGAGACGACGGAUGAAAGUCUGAGGAGCCAUUUUGAGCAAUGGGGGACGCUCACGGACUGUGUGGUAAUGAGAGAUCCAAAUACCAAGCGCUCCCGAGGCUUUGGCUUUGUCACAUACUCAGCUGUGGAAGAGGUGGAUGCAGCCAUGAAUGCAAGACCCCACAAGGUGGAUGGAAGGGUGGUGGAACCCAAGAGGGCUGUCUCCAGAGAAGAUUCUCAAAGACCAGGUGCCCACUUAACUGUGAAAAAGAUCUUUGUUCGUGGAAUUGAAGAAGACACUGAAGAACAUCACUUAAGAGAUUAUUUUGAGCAGUAUGGGAAAAUUGAAGUGAUUGAAAUCAUGACUGACCGAGGCAGUGGCAAGAAAAGGGGCUUUGCUUUUGUAACUUUUGAUGACCAUGAUUCUGUAGAUAAAAUCGUUACUCAGAAAUACCAUACUGUGAAUGGAACAGAGGAGAAGUUAUAUAAGUGA